AUGACUGUUUUCUCAGGUGAGGUUUACGUACCACCUGAGGAUACUGAACUUGAGGAUCAACCAGAAGACACCAGGACCACGAGGAAAGCUACUGCGAAAGAGGUUAAAGCUGAGAAAGAGGAUGGAGCUGAGAAAGAGGUUGGAGCUGAGAAAGGGGAUGGAGCUGUGGAAGCGGAUGGAGCUAAGAAAACGGUUGGGACGAAAAAGAAAAAUACCAGAGUAGCACGCAAGACCAACAACAAGAAGACAAAGAAUAGAUAA